CCAAUCAGCUUCGACCUCCCCGGUUCGUUCGACCAAUCAGAUUCGGCGCAGGUGAGACGCAGACGUCAUGUGUUCGGGAGUGGAGCUGCACUGGCUGCUGCUGCCAGUAAUAACCUCUCUCUCUCUGUCUCUCUCUCACACACACACUCACACUCUGAUUCUCUGAUUUAUUUAUGUUAUUGACUUGAUUCCGCGCGUGCUGGAGAUGUUUAGGAGCUGCGUGUGUAUCCUGUGCGCGCGCGCUGAGACCCAUGAUGGAUGAAGGAGUGUAUUAUUGUGUUGGUCAGAAGAGAUCUUAGCAGGAACUUCAGAGGAACAAUACAGAGAGAUGGCGAGCGAUCGUAUGGCCAUCCUGGAUGACGACGAGGAAGAACAGAAGCGGAGAUACGUCCUGGCUGAGCCGUUUAACACCCUGUCAUUGGGGACAGCAAACAGCUCUCCACCCAGUCAAACAUCAUCGUCUGCUUCUGUCGACUCCCCGCCCCCGCCGACCUCUUCCAGUACGGACUGCCUGGAGCGGAUCUGCCUGAGAAUAGACGAGCGCCUCCUGAUCUCCAAGAUCUUCUACUUCUUCUUCUAUGCCGCGUACGGUUCCCUGCACCCCCUCCUGGCUGUGUAUUACAAGCAGCUGGGCAUGACGCCGAGCCAGAGCGGCCUCCUGGUGGGGAUCCGCUACUUCAUCGAGUUCUGCAGCGCGCCGUUUUGGGGUAUAGUAGCUGACCGCUUCAACAAAGGCAAGGCCGUCCUGCUGUUCUCCGUUUUCUGCUGGGUGGUGUUCAACUGCAGCAUCGUCUUCGUCGAACCAGCACGCAUGACUUGCAUAGAGAUAGGAUCAGAAAACGUAACAACUCCGAGUUCCUCCGGAAACCAGACCAGACACCGUCGAUACCUCAUAGGGGAUGUGUUGGGCAUGCCGUCGACGUUUCAGACUUUAUCUGGGGAUUAUAGCCCCCUCAAUCGAUUUGUAAGGAGCGAUAACGCAAGCUCUUCUCUCUCCACUACAGCGUCGCCUAAACAGUACACUAUCAUUUACGACAAAAGCCAAGUGGACACCAUCUUCCUCGUGAUCCUGCUGGUGAUCAUCAUCGGGGAGUUCUUCAGCGCGCCGGCAGUGACCAUCGUCGACACCGUGACCCUGCAGUACCUGGGAAGGCAGCGCGACCGAUACGGCCUCCAAAGGAUGUGGGGUUCUCUAGGUUGGGGUAUAGCCAUGUUAUCUGUAGGCAUCUGGAUCGACCACACACAUCUCACCCUGAUCAUCCAGGGGGCCAACUGCAUCCCUCCGGAGUACAAGAACUACCAGAUCGCCUUCAUCGUCUUCGGCGUGCUUAUGACUUUAGCCCUUAUCGUCGCAACGCAGUUCCGCUUCGAUUCCAGGUUUGGAGCAGAUCCGUCCGAACAGGACGUGAAGCAACAGGUGGAGAUCCCUCACGUGGUCCAGAACACGUCCGAGUCCAGUAUGGAGGAAGUCCCAGUGUGUCCCAGGUCUAACAACAACCCCCGGUUUCCGUUCAAGGACUUGAUCCGUCUGCUGUGCGGGAUCCGUUAUGGCUCCGUGCUCUUCGUGGCCUGGUUCAUGGGCUUUGGUUAUGGCUUCGUGUUCACGUUCCUGUACUGGCACCUGGAGGACCUGAAAGGGACCACCACGCUGUUCGGGGUGUGCUCCGUGCUCAGCCACGCCUCCGAACUCGCCGCCUACUUCAUCAGCCACAAACUCAUCGGACUCGUCGGCCACAUAAGAGUACUGUAUAUCGGGUUGGCCUGUAACACUGCACGCUACCUGUACAUCUCCUACCUGGAGAACGCCUGGGUAGUUCUGCCCAUGGAGGUCCUUCAAGGUCUGACCCAUGCGUCCGUCUGGGCGGCGUGUAUCUCGUACCUGAGCGCGGCGGUUCCUCCGGCUCUGAGGACGUCUGCGCAGGGGAUCCUGCAAGGCCUCCACCUGGGGCUGGGGCGGGGUUGUGGCGCCAUGAUCGGAGGAGUGUUUGUCAACUACUUUGGUGCGGCUGAAACCUUCAGAGGUUUAGGAAUGGCGUCCCUCGUCAUCCUGCUCAUCUUCGCCCUCAUCCAGAGCCUGAUCGGGCCGAGCCACGACAGGCGAGACCAGAUGCUGGCUGAGAACAUUCUGGUACCUUCCAGUCCUGUUCCCAUCGCCACCAUCGACUUGGUGCAGAACCAGAGGCAACCGGAGACGAGGGUCGAGACCAACACCAACAGCGCCGCAGCUCCUGCUGUCAAGAAGACCAAGUUCCAGGAAGAGCAGGAGGAUGUGAGCAAGCCGGCGUGGGUGGUGUCCACUUCCCCCUGGGUCACCAUGUCCUACGCCGUUUACCAAAUCAAAGACAUGAUGUCCACCCUCAGGAGCAAUCGUCCAGCUGAGGAGCCCCGCCUACAGGGGGAGAGCAUUGAGCAGAUGUCUGCAGCGCCAUCUGCUGGAGAAACUCCUCCAGGUCCUUUCACCAGUGCUCCAGAGCAGAUCUCUUCACGUGAUCCUCCUGAUCGUCCCGUCUCUGAUCGUCCCGUCUCUGAUCGUCCCGUCUCUGAUAGUCCCGUCUCUGAUAGUCCCGUCUCUGAACGUCCCGUCUCCCGUCACACAGACUCGGGAGGAUCAUCAGAAGAUCCACAGAAGAUUUCAGACAAAGAUCCGGAGCCUGCACCCACACCAGACUCAUCUCGAACCUCUGAUCCAUGACGUCUGCAGUUCAACAUCACAAAAACUGCUUUAGAAACUACUUUAAAAUGUAAACUCCGAGUACUGUACGAAGGUCUGAACUGAACGCUGAUGUUUGGUCAUGCAGUAAAUGCGAUUUGCACUGCCAGGUCAGGGUUUAUACGUUACGACGCACAGAAACCUUAAACCCUGUUGUAUUUAUCAUCUCGCUCCACAACGUUCUCCAGAAAUCACGCACACUGGCUUUCCGACGCUGCUUUCACACUUGACGUUAACCAACACUCGCAGAGAGACAGGCGUUCGUUCGUUCGGUAUGUAAAUACUCGACAGAGCACCGAAACACUGAAAAUAGGAGGAACGACAAAUCGACGUUCCUUCAGUUCUCCCACUCACAACUUGAACCUGAGAUCACUUCCUGUUUACCGUCCGACGCUCAGAAACGGAAAAAUAACCCGUAACCGUGGUUUCAUCUUAUCCUGUCAUGUACGACCUCUCGUCAAAUGCGUUCAGGUGGCUUGCUUUGCCGAUCUAAUCGGAGAACGAUGCUAGUAUGAAACCUGGCGCGCAGUAACCGAUUUUCCCACUGAUCGAUUAGUGCGUUAUUUCGUUUAACUAGUUAGCAUUCCAAGGUUCUGUAUAGCUAUUCCUGUUUCUUGUAACUUUUUAAAUACUGCUGGACAGGCCACACCCAGUCACGCUGCAGACACUUCCCUGCUGAAAAAACAAACAAACAAACAAUAGAAACCCUCAUAGAAUUUGUAAUGGUUUUAAUGGUUAUAAUGAGAAUUGUAUUGGUUUUAAUGGAAACUCUAACGGCCCCUGAGGGCCUCUAUUGGUCAUUUGUGGCCUUCAAUUGGUGGCAUGUUGUAUCUGGUGGAUACCAUUAAGGACUGGUAAUGGUUUUAAUAGUUAGCUCAUAGUUUGUAAUGGCAUAGUGGAACCCAUUAGAAUUUCUGUAAUGGCUUCUAUUGGGGGUGUUUUUUUCAGCAGGGUUGCUAGUCAGGUCAAAAAAUCAAACCUAAACAAACAUGGAGGACAACGUGCCGGUUAAAAUACGAGUCUUCGUGAGGUGAAGGGAAAAUGUUUAAUCAUCAGUGUUCCAAUUAAAAAUAAUAAAGACCUCAAAUUGUCUUGA